AUGAGCGCUGAAGAAGGUGGAGAGGCAACCAUGAUGCCCGCCACCAACGGCGAACUCUUUGCCACACCCGAUCCAUCUGCACUGUCGACGCCUGGCAAGCGGAAGCGUGUAUCGAGUUACGACGAGAGACCUGCUGAAGAAGCCGGCUCCUCUGUCGCGCAAGCGCAAGAGAAGGCAAAGCUCGAGGAGACUCUGCGGAAUCUUGUCGAUAUAUUGAGCAAAAAUGACACAGAUCUUCAGCUUCUUUCCUGCCCCUUACCAUCAUCACCUGCGAAACCUCGCUCAAAGCGCGCAAAAACUUCGGGAGAUAAAGAGGAGGGUACCAGUAUACAAUCACGGGUCGCGGAGGGACGUUACAACACACUUCAGGAAUUCCUGGGUGAUAUUGAAAAAGCAUCUGCCGCCGUGAUCGAAAGAAACAAAUCCCAGGCAAAUGGUGAGUCCGCUGAUGGAUCACCGUUGACAGAGACAGUCAAUCGCAUCGCGGCAUUCAAAAAGCUUUUGAACAGUCUUGUUCGCCAGGCAUAUGUGAGCCAAUCCAAUAUCAAGACAGAAGCAUCAGAGGAUGACACAGAGGCACCGGAAAAACCGCCUACGUCCAAUGUUGAUAUCAAGAACGACAAUUUGGUUUUAACCCUUUUCGGAAAUCCUUCAAACCCGAAACAGCUCUACUCAAGUCUGCAAAAGUCUGUCAAAGUCCCAUUGUCUUCCGAGGAAACUGAGGCGGAGAAGUAUGUCGAAGUGCAAGCACCAUUGCGUGAAAUCGGACUUCCUAACGGUAUCACUACCACCAAGGUCACACCCCACAACCUUGAGAAAAGCAAAGAAACCAAGACAUUUGGCGAGGUUUUUAAGCCUCGCUCAUCUUUGCCUCAGUUAGAGCCUCCGCGCAGAGCUAGGUCCUCAUCCCGCAACGCCUUUAAUGCCUGGGCCGAUCCCUUUGAGGCAGUAACAAACUUCAAGGCUUUCCCGGGAGAACGGAAUAAUUACUGUUUAGCGCCUCUUCCGUCAGGACAAUGGCUGCAAUACGGCGGUGUCACUUCUUCCCCAUCAUACUGGAACCGGAGGCAAAAACAACAGUCUUCUCCAAACAAUGGAGAAGAGAGGUAUCUUGAAGAUUCGUCUCUGUGGACGGAUGAAGAUCCGUCUCUUCUACAGGGUAUCUAUUCAUCCUUUGCUCCGUCUUUCGACAGCUCCGGGGCUAUUGUGCAGGCCGACGCAAAAGAUAUGGUAUGGUGGGGCAAACGGGGGCAAAAACGCAUGCACACGCUACUAUCGAUACCAUACAAUGAAGAGCCUGAGGUUACACCCACAGAGCAACCUGGCAACAUUGGCGAGCUUGAUGAAAGCACUCUCGAGGAGAUGGUCAAGACAUUCAACCCCGAGGACUUUGCAGACAAUGUAACCUAUACCGACGCGUCGAAAGAGGGACAAGAAGAAAAAGAAAAAGAAGAUCAGGACAUGGAAGACUUGCUACUUGAUGUCUCAGAACUACUCGAGACACUUAGUUCAUACCAAAGAAUCCGUGUUCUUGACCCGUCGGCGUCAAACAAGCAGGGUGCCGAACCUAAAGACACAGCAUCAGAUGCGGGCAACGCUGACACGCCGUCUGAAGCAGAAAGAGGUGUUUAUGAAACACUGAAAUCAAGUCUCACUGCUCUCGUUAUGAAUCUCCCACCUUAUGCUGUUGCCAAAUUAGAUGGUGACCAACUGGCAGACCUGAACAUUAGUCAGAAGAUAUUGGUUGAGAACCCCGAAUAUCACGGCACCAUGGAGAAAGAUGAUUAUACGAUGCAACAAGAGCGAGCCGCAGCAAUGGCGCCCGCAGCUGGUGGUGCCACCCGGAGUUCUACAUCCAACGUGGCCUCUGCCUCCCGUUCGGGAAGCUUCCAGGGAGGAUACAACUCGCGUGCAUACGCUACUAAUGCUCGAGUUCAGCAAGCCCAAGGUUUUCAAGCUCCACAGCCCUACUACGGUGCGAGGCAACCCUCGACAUCGGGCCCUUAUACCCCAGGCCAUCCGCAACAGUACUCGGGACCUCGGCCUCCGACUACCCCCUCUCAGCGACCAGGUUAUAAUCCAUACUCGCAAGCGACUCCACAAUACAACCAGGCAAAUGCCGUUCCGCAAUUUCAACGCCCAGGGCAGAAUGGCUAUACUCCGUAUGCAGGACAACAAGCACAGGCGUCCGCUCAAGCUUCGCCGCAGCCAUAUACACCACGACCUGGGCAACAAGCCGCUUACAAUGUGCCCUAUGGCCAGGGGCGUGGCUCACCUCAAAAACCGCCUCAAUAUGCCACUCCUCAGGCACGAGCACAGUACAUGACGCCUGGCUCCGCCAAUCCUUCCCAAAAGUACCUCUCUCAACAGCAACAGCAACAGUCCCAAUACACAAACUAUGCUUCGAACCAAGCUCCCCCGUCAUCUGGCGGGUAUGCCAACUCGGCUGCUGCCAUGACCUAUGCCAGGAGUGCUGCUGAGCAAGCUGCUUUGAUGGAUCGAAAUAAGGCACAGCUCGCGGCCCAUCAGAGUCGACAGAGUUCAACCCCUCAGCCAACUGUGGAAAAUGGCAAUUCACAAGACCGGAGCGCCACUCCUGGCAGCAAGCAGAAUGGCACACCGGUGCCCUCAUGA